UCGCACCCAGCCUGUGAAUAGAGAGACCCCCCAGCCAGCUGUGUGAAUGUACAGUAUGAUGAUGGAGACGGACUUACACUCCCCCGGGGUGCAGCCCCCCACUAACACGGGGCAAGCCGGGGGAGGGGGCAAUAAGGCCAACCAGGACCGGGUGAAGAGGCCCAUGAACGCUUUCAUGGUGUGGUCCAGGGGGCAGAGGAGGAAGAUGGCCCAGGAGAACCCCAAGAUGCACAACUCGGAGAUCAGCAAGAGACUGGGGGCCGAGUGGAAAGUCAUGUCCGAGGCCGAGAAGAGGCCCUUCAUUGACGAGGCCAAGAGGCUGCGAGCCUUGCACAUGAAGGAGCACCCGGAUUACAAGUACAGGCCCCGGAGGAAGACCAAGACUCUGCUCAAGAAGGACAAGUACUCCCUGGCCGGGGGCUUGCUGCAUGGAGGAGGACACAUGGGAGUCGGCCUGAGCCCGGGUGGAGGUUGAGG